CUGAUUCACAUAUGAUGGCUUGAACUCAGAUGACAGAGGGUCAAUCUGAAGAAACUGGAAGUGCACCAGAGGGAGUUAGUGUCCUUAGAAGAAAUUCAGAUGAUGUGGGAUGGGAGUAUGGGGUUCUUGUUGAUGUAAACAAUAAGGACAAGGUAAAGUGCAUACUGUGUGACAAGCAAAUGUGUGGAGGGGUUUAUCGGUUGAAGCAACAUAUCGCCCAGGAAGGAAAGAAUGCGAAGAAAUGCCAAGGCAUUAAGACCACCAAAGAGAAAUUGUUGGAGGCUCAAGAAAAGUGCAAGAAAGCACUAGAUGGAGCAAAAAGGAAAAGGGAGGUGAAGACAGUUCGUGAGCUAGAACUUAGAGAGGAAGUUCAUGUGUCUAGGGUUGGAGGAUCAGAAGAAGUGACUUGUGUUGGAAGUUCAGAGCCUCACAAAUUAGGCCCCAUGGACAAAUGGACAAAAGCUAUUGAUCCUACAGCAACCAAAUCUGAAUCUUUGACUCAACAGAGGCUGAACAAGGAACUUUGGAAAGAAAGAUUACAUGAGGUGCAUAAAUAUAUUGCAAGAUGGGCCUUUAACCAUGCAAUAUCAUUCAAUGCAUGUGACAACGAUGAGUUCAAGCAAAUGUGUGAAGCAAUUGGACAAUUUGGGCCUGGAAUUGAACCUCCAACUAUGUUUGACCUGCGAGGGAGAUUGUUGGAAGAAGAAUAUGCAAGAACCAAGAGUUUGCUGCAAGAACGUGAAGCCGAGAAGAUGAAGAAUGGGUGCUCUAUUAUGACCGAUGCUUGGUCAGAUAAGAAGAGGAGAAGCAUAAUGAAUGUUUGCACUAAUUGUGCUGAUGGAACUAGUUUUAUUUCCUCAAAAGAGAUGUCAGAUGUGUCACACACAAGUGAAGUGAUCUUUGAACUAGUGGACAAAGCAAUCGAAGACAUUGGUCCAGAUGAUGUGGUGCAAGUUGUGACUGACAAUGCUUCUAACAACAUGGGAGCAAAGAAGCUACUGCAUGUGAAGAGACCACAUAUCUUUUGGACCUCUUGUGCAACUCACACAAUUAACUUGAUGCUCCAAGGAAUUGGCAACAUGCCUCGGUUCAAGAAGGUGAUUGACCAAGCAAAGGCAUUCACCAUAUUUGUCUAUGGGCACACAAGAACACUAGAGUGCAUGAGAUACUUCACUGAGGGGAAAGAGAUAGUAAGGCCAGGAGUGACUAGGUUUGCUUCAAACUAUCUAACUUUGGACAACAUACAAGAGAAGAAGGACCAGCUAAGAAAGAUGGUGGUUCAUAGUAGGUGGGACUCAUUGAAGGAUGUGAAAUCAAAGAAGGGAAAAAAUGCCACAACAACUAUAUUGAAUCCAACCUUUUGGAAGGAUGUGAAAUUGACAUUGGCAGUUUUUGCGCCAUUGUUCAAAGUUCUCCGUUUGGUUGAUGGAGAUGUGAAGCCAUCCAUGGGAUUUGUAUAUGGAGAAAUAUUAAAGGCAAAGAGACAUGUCAAAGAGGCCCUUGGCAAUGUUGAGAACCGUUUCAAGGAUGUUGUUGCUGUUAUUGACAAGAAGAUGGCUGGAAGACUUGAUUCUCCAUUGCAUUUGACAGCUUAUUUGCUGAAUCCACACUACAGUUAUGCUGACCCAUCAAUCUUUGAUGUUCCCAAAAUAACAGAAGGUUUUAUCAAUUGUGUGGAGACUUUUUAUUACCAUGACGACGAAAUGCAAGAACAAGCAGCCAACAUCGAACUCCAGAAGUUUCAGAAUAGAGAAGGUCCAUUUAGCAAGAAACUUGCAAGGACUUUUGAAAACUUUGAUUAUAAUCCAGGUAACAGCUGUUUAUAAUCCAGGUUUUUUAUUUCAGCAUUGUAACAAGCAAUCUGUUAUACUACUAACUAAUAGAGAGGUAUUUUAUUUCAGCAUCAUGGUGGCGGCUUUAUGGAACUGAAACACCAGCUCUACAGAAGAUGGCUACCAAGAUCCUAUCUUUAACAACAAGUUCUUCUGGUUGUGAAAGAAAUUGGAGUGGGUUUGAUGGGGUAAGUACCUAUCUGUUAUCAAAAUUACAGCAGCAUUACAAUAAAAUUGCAGAACUAAAAGUGCUCUUAUUUUUAAUUUAUAGGUGCACACUAAGAAGAGAAAUAGGCUUACUACAGACCGCCUCAACAAGUUGGUCUACAUUCAGUUCAACAACAGGCUAAUUAACAAGAGAGCAAAGAUCAAGUCCAAGAAAAUUACUGAUGUUCUCUUGUCUAGUGGUACAACUGAAGCUCAAGGUUUCCUCCAAGAGAAUGGAGAUGAUUGUGCAUUAGUCUCCUUUAGAGAUGACGAAGACGAGGAAGAAGUCAUGGAAGGUACAGGGAUACCUUGGUCUGUGCUUGGAGAUGCAGUGGGAGCAGAAGAACAACUAGAGCUGCGUAGAAGUUCAAGGGUGAGAGAGCUCAAUGAAGAAGAGUUUGAGUCCGAAGAAGAAGAGUUUGAUGAAGAUGAGGAUGAGGAUGAGGAUGAGAUGGAUGAAACCGGCGUGUGAGCCAGCUUCAUGUCAUGUUUUAGCUUUUAUUAUGCAUCCAUGUAUCUUUAACUUGUGAACUUAGAACUCCUGUUGUGCGCUUGUGUUUUGUGUUGUGGCUUGUGAGAACUGAAUCAU